AUGCACUCCUGGACAUUGGAGGAGUUUCUCGAAGCCUUUAUGGAGGAGGAAGAUGAGUUGGAAGCUGAAGCUGCUCUUUUCAAAGAGAACAGGGAAAUAUUUGCAAAAGAGUGGCCGGUCAACAAGCGUGGUAGUGAUGGUGUCUGGAAGGUGUCCGCCUCAGAAAUUGUCACUCAGAAGUACUUUACAAUGGGAGGUUCUGCGCGAUGGAUGCUGGGAUCCACAACAGCAGAGACAGAACAAGCAAGCGAUCCGUACUAG